AUGCUUUUAAUUUACCAUCAUAACCAAGAUCAAUAUGUUGAAUUAUCGAAACGAAGUACUGGUUCAGGUGGGAUUGCUGGGAUUGUAAUUUUCAUUUUCAUUGUCAUAGUCAUAUUUAUUUCGUUGCUCAGUUAUGGAAAUAAAAAGUCAAAGAGAAGAAACCAAAAGAAUACCACCCCCGCAAAUAUUACAUUAGGUUCACUUAAUUUGGAAUCUCAAAAUGUACAUCAAGGGGUUGCUCGUAUACAGCAACAACAACAACAGAAUCUGGGAAUAACGACAAGUCCUGAACAUGAUUAUGUGCCGCCAUAUACACAAACACCCAAUGAUAAUGAUUUAGGUAGAUUUGAUAAACAAGGGAAUUUCCAUUUACUGAAUAGGCCAGAAGGUGUACAACCACCUUUGCCACCACCGCCUGUUUACCUAAACCCUACUAUCUAG